AUGUAUGCUUUGGCCAAGGAGACGAGCACAAUAGUGGAGAUUGCCUAUGAUCCAAAGAUCUUCCAUACAAAAGACUACAUUCAAGCUCUGGUAUCUUUUGAAACAAAGAAAUCGACAAAGCUUCUCAUAAAAUGGCUGUUAAAAAAAGGAGUUACGGUCAACAUUGAGUUCGAGUAUGAGCGUAUCCAUAAGCGUUGUUUUCACUGCCUCUGCCUCACCCACGAGAAACUGAAGUGUCCACUUCUCAUGAAGGGCCCCAAGAUUUUGAAGGAGUCUGAUCCGAGGCUUGAGCUUAUGCAUAUUUCCUUAUCUGAUAAGGUGGAAAGUAGUCAGAAGAACGCUCUUACUAAUGGCCCUCCAGGCUUCCCUCAGCUCUUUCCUGAGCUACCUCCACAGGAACAGAUGAUGAAUAUGCUAUAUGUUUCACACUCUGAUGAUGCAGAACGCCAUGCAAGCAUCUUUCUAGUGAAACAAUCACUUGCUGAUCAAGGAAAAUUGCAUGUGGCAACUCUUACUAGACUCACUUCUGACUUGGAUAAGGGCAAGGGACAUGUCUUCUCAUAUACUAAAAAUAAUUCGGUUGAGAAGCUAUCUAAAAUCCCAAGAGCUGCUCAGUCAUUACCAAUACAAACUCAGUUUCAUUCUGAGGAUGAAAAAUUGGAUUCAGCUUUCUCUGCAAUGGUGGGAUGCUCUGACUCUGCUGUCUCUACGUCUUUUCAAGUUGGAACAUCAUUAGAUCCUCCCGCCUGUGAUAGAAGAGUGGGGAAAAUGUCUCGUUGUAGGCCUCCAUCUUGGAAGAUAAAGGCUCAAGCCGUGAAAGCAGUGCCUAAUCGUCGUAACACUGCAGCAAGUUCGCUUACACUAAAGGAGAAUGGUGGGAAGAGUAAACCAGACUCUCUGAUACAUCCGCGUAAGCUAGGAUGA